UUUUAGAAAGUUUGGUAGUGUAAUUUUUCGGUUGAGAAAUAGCUAUGAAAUCGUUUAUAUGCGAAAUUUAAUAACGAGAGAUUUAGGCUCAAAUUUCUAUUAAAAAUGUCAAGAAAUUUAUAUAUCGAAGUUGAGCCAACAAGUAAGUGAAUAACUAAUUUGGAAGUGAUACGAGAUUUGAAAUGGAAAUUUAGGAAUACAAUCCUCCAAGUCUCUUUCAAUCUUCUUCCAUAUCUUCUUCUUCCUCUUCUUCCCUAUCUUCUUCUUUCACGACAAAGAUUUCUCCUUCAAAGCAUCAAUCACUCCUACAAAUCUCUUCUUCUUCUUCUUCUUCUUCUUAGAUUGAGUUGCAUACCCAAUACUUACAUCUAAACUAACAGAGCAUUUAAUACGACCAUAAACAAUUUUUAAUAUAUUUGUGUCAUAAAACACAUAAGUUUUUUUUACUGAUCACUACUAACUACCAUCCUCACUACCAUAGUCAUCAAACAUUUACCAAACCAUUAGGAGAUCAUUUGGAUGCAGGAUUGUAAUGAGAGAUUUUAUAAUAAUCCCUCAUUCUGCCGACAUAUAAAACAAUCCUGCAUUUGGGAAGAACGGGGAUUUUGCAAUUAGGAAAUUUAAAAUCCCUCAAACAGAAGGGCUUCGACAGCAAACAGAAGGUCUCUUAAGGGGCCUAAAUUCUUUAUCUAUAAACAAACGAGUGAUUCUGUAUAAAUUUCACGUUUACAUAUCUAGAUUUUUAGCCGAGAGAUUUGGCCUCAAAAUCCCUCGUUAUAAAAUCAUUCAUCCAAACAGGGCCUAGAAUGAUAAAUAUAUAUUCAUAAGUUCUACCGCUAGUUUUGAAGUUGAAAGUUCAAAUCUCUUAUCUAGUAGUUAACAAUAAAGUUAAACCGAUAUAUAUAUAAAAUAAAAUAAGUUUGAAUUGUUUGUUCUAAAUCAAAAUACAUAGGUCAAUCUGUUGACUAUGGUCAAAUUCAAUCAAUCUAUGUAAUACCCUUAACUCAAGAACUUAAAUUGUGAGUGAAAAAUAAUUCAUUGGACCAAUAGUACAGAUUGUGGGUUCAAUUUCGUCCACUUAACUCACAACACCAACAUCUGUCUCUCUGUUUAAGCUCUUAUUAUUUUGAUUAAUUUUCCUUCUGUAUUAACAAUUAAAUAAAUCCAUAAAAAAAACAAUUAAAUAAAGCAAUCUCCUCCUCCCAACUAAAACCUACCCUCACCUCACUUUCCUCUAUCAAAAUUUUAUGCAUCUUUGGUGGCGAUUUCCUAAACAACUAUUUUUGCUGUAGCAACCUUCUCCUCCUAUGGCCAUCUUUCUUUCUUUCUCGCUACCUUCUUCUUCCUUCUUCCCGCUCUCACAUAACACACACUAUUUAUUAAACAAAUCGAAAAGCUGCGAUCAUUCAUCACCUUCACACAAAUACUAAUAAUAAUGUUCUUGUUCCUCCAUCCAUCCAUCCAUUCCAUCCUUCCUUUCUUUUAUAUUUGCCACAUUGCCCACCUUCCAUUACUCUGCCCCUUUGCUGCUGCUGAGAGCCCAAAAAACAGAUAACAACAGGGGGGAAAUAAAAUUCUCUUCCCACCAUUGAAGCAAAGCAUUAAGCUUUUUACCUUUUUAAGAUAUUCCCACCCUUCUUUUUUAACUUUCCCAACUCCCCUUCUACCCGUUUUCAGCUCUGGGUUUCUGUGUUAUUUUUUUUAUAGCUCUCAUUGAGAUCUGCUUUCUCUGAACAGAAAGGUUGGGAAAGGAAAAAUGGGAAUCUUUCAGCGAAAUUGUACUACAAGCUCAACCCAAAAGCUGAGUCCCCACAGUAGCGCUUGCUUAUUCUGCUCUACUAGCAAUUCCUUCUCUUCUGCUUCUACUACCACUUCUUCUUUGUCGUUUUCUUCACCCUCCAUGCCCGCGGAUAAUUACUGCAACUGCAACAGUAGUGUCAAUGAGAUCGAUACCUCAAAGACCCUUUUGACGAAGAUGGUGUGGCACUUCGGCUUGUCCUGUUUCCUCCCCAGCAGCGAGCUCGAGAAGAAGAAUGGCGAAGGAGGAGGAGGAGAGAAGAGUAAGGUGAAUUUGGAAAACAACAAGGCUUGGCUUCUCGCCGAAUCAGGCGGCGGCGGCGGCGCCGAAUUGGCGAAUGCUGAACCCCAGUCGGUUCACUCUUCCUUCAGGUUCAGUUUCUGCUCUCAGGUCGAGCUGGAAUCGAUGAACAUCAACUCCUCCGCGACUUCAUCGGCGACGGUUCUGAUGGUGAAUCUGGAAAACGGGUUGAGCGAUUCGCGGGGUAAGGAGCUGGGAUGGAAGCGAAUUCAGUCGCUGGAGAGGAGUAUUUCCCCUGUGGCGAAUUCCUUGAUUCGGUUUCACUACAGUGAUAUUCUCGCCGCCACCAGUAAUUUCUCCCAAGGUAAAGUUUUGGGAAGGGGAGCUAUGAGCUUUGUCUUCAGGGGAAGGGUUGGAUUUAUGCGGACUUGUGUGGCUAUUAAGAGGCUGGAUAAGGAGGACAAAGAGUCUUCCAAGGCAUUCUGUAGAGAGCUGAUGAUUGCAAGCUCUCUUCACCAUCAGAACAUAGUGCCUCUUGUGGGUUUCUGUAUUGAUCCGCAGGAAGGCUUGUUCUUGGUCUACAAGUAUGUUUCUAGUGGCAGCUUGGAUCGCCAUUUGCAUGAGAAGAAGAAGAACAAGAAGAAGAGAGGACUGAAUGGUAAUUCAACACUUGCGUGGUCUGUGAGGUACAAGGUUGCCCUUGGAGUUGCAGAAGCAAUUGCAUAUUUGCACAAUGGGACUGAGAGAUGUGUUGUGCACAGAGAUAUUAAGCCUUCAAACAUACUCCUUUCUUCCAAGAAAAUCCCCAAGGUGUGUGAUUUCGGAUUGGCUACCUGGACUUCCUCACCUUGUGUCCCUUUCCUGUGCAAGACUGUCAAGGGAACAUUUGGUUACUUGGCUCCAGAGUAUUUCCAGCAUGGCAAGGUAUCGGAUAAGACUGAUGUAUAUGCUUUUGGGGUGGUCCUCUUGGAGCUAAUUACAGGAAGGAAACCCAUUGAAGCUAGACGCCCUCCAGGGGAAGAGAAUUUGGUCUUAUGGGCCAAACCCUUGCUGGACAAAGGGAAAGGAGCGAUCGAAGAAUUGCUCGACCCACGAAUUACUUGCACCUUAAGGAACAGAUCUCAAAUAACCCAGAUGAUCCAUGCAGCUGCUGCCUGUGUGAGCAGCGAGGAAUCUCGCAGGCCCCGGAUAGACGAGAUCUUAGCCAUACUGAGAGGAGAUGAGGAGCUUGCAGCAUCAGCAGCAGUAGUUCCACUGUUGUCUAGCAGCAGCAGGAAGAAGUUCAACUUGGCAGGGGGGAUUAUAGAUUGCUACCCACAACUCCAGCAGACUAACGACAAGAACAGUGAGAUGAAGAGUCAUUUGGCAUUGGCAAUGCUUGGAGUUUCGGAGCUUGAAGAAGACGACCACCUCUACUGUCGGUGAGGUAUAAUCCAACAAGAAAGCGUGCAAGACUUACUACUGACUCUUUUGUUGUUAUUCCCUCUUCGUUUUUGUUUGUUUGGAAUAAUAAUUUGAGGGUUCUUGGCCUUGUUGUCCAGUUGUGGUGGGACUGUGAUUCUUUUUGGUUGGUUGCUUUGAGGAGGGAGGGGUAACUAAUUUGGAGGGUAGGUAAAGAGUUGAGGGGGAAUAGAAGAAAGAGAUUUCAAAGCAAAAGUGUAUAUAGGAUGGACAAUAGGCAAGUGUGUGUGUAAAUAAUACUAUUCUUCCAUUCUUGCCUUUCCCCCUUUCUCAUUGCUUGGGAUUUGGGAAAAAGUGCAUUAUGUUCUCACUUUGUUGAGCAAGUUUUGUUUAGAAACCUUUGAUUUGGCCUGUUUGUCAAGGGAUGUUUUACUUAAAAGUAAAAUGUUCACCGUGAUAAAUAGGGUUGUUAAUGAGCGGAGCUCUUCGUGAGUGGCUCGGUCUCGAACUCGAUAAAGUUUAAAAAAAAAUAUGGCUUGUUAAUAAACGAGCCGAGUUUGAGCUCUACCUUGUUCGGCUCGUGAAGCUCGUAAACUAGCUCGAUUAAGUGGCUCGUUUAAUACAACUCAUGACUGUCUUGUUUUGAGCUUAUGAGAUGUCCCAACAUUGUGACUAGAGAGCCAACUCGACUACAGCUUAUGAGAAAAUCAAUCUAUAUCUUAUGAUUUGGUUUGUUAAUAAUGCAUAUAAUUAUUAAAUUGUAUAUAUAACCUCAUAUGGUGUUUGAUACACUGAAUAUAUGUAAGCAAAUACGUCUCAUAUAUGACAUAACAUUAGGUAAUCACUUGUAUCACAUAUGACAUAUAAAUAUAAGGGUGUUUAUAUUAUAAAUUAUCUUAGAGUUGAGAUCGAGCCGAACUUUCGAUCUUAAUGAUGUGUCAAGAUUUAAUAAAUGAGCUUGCUCGUGUUCGACUUGACUCAGCUCGUUUAUAAACGAGUCGGGCUCGAGCUCAGCUCGUUUAUAAACGAGCCGAACAUGAACAAGGCAAAGCUCAGCUCGGCUCGGCUCAUUAACAACCAUAAUGAUAAAUAAGAUCUAGAAUACUGAUUUAAUUGUUUGGGAGAGCAUAUAUGACUAACGAACGAGCAAUCGAAUUCGCCUAAUAUUGAGUCUUUCGCAAAAUCUCUUUGAUUAUGAAUUUUAUGGUUGAUUUUAGGGUUCAUUCGGCGAUGGACAAUAUCAAACCGAUACAUGUCACAUACUAGCAGGGCCGCUCAGUUAAGAUAUAAUUGAUUGAUCGAAUGAGAACCUGACUAUCUUAAGAAGAUGUCCUCUGCUAUCAUUCACGGACCUGAACUGAACAAACAUAUUUCACUGCUUCUGUUCUGUCCGGUUGUUUCCCCCAUCGCUACUUACUUCAAAAAAGAAAAAGGAUUCAUGUGUGUACUACAGCCCUUCAUAAUUCAUUCACAGGCCAAGAAAUCGAUUUAUUUAUGCCUUCUGGAUGAAUACUACAAGGCCAAUAAUUGUAGCAGAACAGCAAAAUCGCCAUGACAGCCAUGAAUGUUGUUCCAAUAUGUGACCAAAUGAAAGGACACCCUAUACCACUUGGGAAAAGUAAAAUAGAGUAAAUAACACACUUAUUU